AUGGAUGUCGCAGACUCUCCUAAUCCUAGCAAGGUUGGGAAACUCCUCCCCAAGAAGUUAGCAACAAAACGAUGGAAGAAGCAACCUUCAAAAGAGAGUUUCGGUUCGACAGCUAGUAGCGAAGACUAUUCUCGAGGAAGAAGCACAAGCAGUCUUGGCCUUAAUAACGGCUCUUUCUCAACUACGCAAGUCAAUGAGAUGGCAGAAGACGGCGAAGAUGGAAGGGAGGAACCUGAAGAAAGCCCCGAAGCCUAUUAUUCUGACCCUGAAGAUGUUGUUGGUGGAGCUGUCGUCGAAUCUAGCAACCAACGGGCUUUUAUUGACCUAGGCAUUUCUUAUAGGUCUGCGGCUCGGCCCACGGUACCUUCAACACAUCCGUCCCAAAUUGGGCAGUUGACAACUUCGUCACCCUUAAUCCAGGCCGAUCACCUUCCCGAAAUACAAAAUCAGAGCACUGACGAUCUAACCAACACUUCACGAUCUGCCACCUUUGCCGUUACGCCUAUCCCUAGCUUUUCCUACGAGCCGGCUCGUCAAUUAUCUCAUACCAAGACCAGCUUACAACCACCCCAAACUCCUUCGAGCCGGUCGAAAUCGCCUACUAGUAGAUUUAGGGACGCUUUCAGGGGCAAGAGAAACGCGAGUGGUGUGCAGGAAGUUGGUAACGACAGUCAGACAGACGUUACCGAUAACGAGGAGGUGAGAACGUCGUCCCGGAGGUCGACCGCCGGAUCUACUUCUCGUCCAGGAUCGAGCACGGCUUCACAGCAGUCUGAUACUAGUGACAAAAAGAGAGCUUCUUCUUCGCGUCAAGGUCGGUCAAAGAAACCGCCAUCCAUCGAUACUUCAGGUCGCCCUCUUACUCCGCCCUCGAUCGAACCCGCAGCUCCAGUUAUUGUUAAUACACCGCCGACCCCGACUGAAAGCCAUCGUUCGAGGAAGAACUCGGCAGCCAGCGCAAGCUCGGUCCCAAAUGUGGUUGUCCAGCCUUCGAGUAGUAUGAUAUCGAGCCGACGAAAGAGAUCAGGAUCAAGUACAAGCAUUGGCCCAAGCAAGCUAUCUAACAUAACGUUGGCUCCUCUAACACCGACACCCGAAAACCCACCACUAACUCCUGGAGGCGGUUUUUUCUCGAGCAUGCUGUCUGCUGCACAAAACGCUGCCAACACCUUAAGCACCGCCGUUACCAACACUAAUAUAGGAUCAGGUGGAAAUAAGGCCAAAUCAAACGUCCCUAGGGAGACGCAACCGGGCGACGACGACAGGGUAGAAGUUGAGACACCUGCUGGACAGUUGGAGAAUACUAAUAUGGGCGAUAAGGAACUUGCCGUAAAAACCCUCGGAAUGGGUGAUCUAAGUCUAAGCCAGCUGGGAAUCCAGGAACCUGGAAGCACCGCACCUACUCCGACCACUACCAAAUUCUCCGACUCUACCACCGAAUCAAGGACACGCUCCGAAUCCGCACCCGUGGAUAAUGUGACCGCACCUACUAAUGGAGAUGGCCAUUCCGACGACCUGACGCUAGGAGGACCACGAUCCGUUUACGAGCCAUCCGCUACGUCUCCCCCAACCAGUCUAUAUGAAGGUAAGUCAGGCCUUCAACGCAGCAGUAGCAUUAAGAGUGCUCUGGCCCGGACAAGACGGAAACGCGGUAGUACCGGAGGAACCGCUGGAACCGCUGGAACCGGAACCACGAUUGGUGCGGCCAUCGCAGCAGCUAAUGCCUCUGUAGCCCACCCUUCCGCCGCCGGUAGUACCCCAAAGCUCACGGGGUUUGCUGUAGCGAGUAAAAAACGCAACCGGGAUUUCCACGUCUUGUUCAAGAGCGUCCCUGACGACGACUAUCUCAUUGAAGAUUACAGCUGUGCUCUUCAACGCGAGAUCCUCGCACACGGCAGACUCUACGUUUCGGAAAGCCACCUAUGUUUCAGCAGUAAUAUCUUCGGAUGGGUAACGACCCUGGUUAUAAGCUUCGACGAGAUUGUAUCUGUCGAAAAGAGGAGCACCGCUCUCGUCUUUAGGAACGGCCUGAUGAUCUCGACGCUUCAUGCUAAGCACGUAUUCGCUAGUUUUACUAGCCGAGACUCGACUUAUGAUUUGAUUGUUAACAUUUGGAAGCUUGGACACCCUACCCUGCAGAGUUCGCUUAAUGGGGUCUCGCUGGAGGGGACAGGUGGUGAUAAAACAGAAAAGGUUGAAGAUGUCGAUGCCGCGGUCGGAAGCCGGAGCGGCACGGGAUCCGAAGAGGAAGAGAGCGAAGACGGGGAGGAUGUCUACGACGAAGACCAAGACGACGACGCGCUCGAGGUAGCAAAGACCACCGACGCGAGCCCCGCCGACACGGAUGGUGAAAAGUCCGGCGCCAGGAAGGUAUCUGGCGCAGUUAUCGGCAACGGUGCAGUCGAGAAGACAGAUUUUGCGCCCACACCUUCAGGAACCCCCGAUUUCCCAGGACCGGCUACUCAUGCACCGACGGAUUGCGGCGAUACAGAUGCUCACUACGAAGUAAUUGUCGGCGACGAUAUUAUCCCUGCCCCUCUAGGAAAGGUGUACACUUUGAUAUUUGGACCUGCAUCUCCAGCGUGGAUGGGGAAGUGGCUGACAGUCGAACAAAAGUGCACUGACUUACAGAUGGAAGACAAGAAAGGACUGACCCAAGAUAAUAAGUGCCGAGGAUUUACUUACAUCAAACCGCUCUACGCUUCGAUAGGACCCAAGCAGACCAAGUGUUUAGUGACAGAGACGCUAGAGAACCUCGAUCUUGAAAAGAGCGUCAAUGUGUUGGUUGUUGUGCAGAACCCGGACGUACCUAGCGGCAACAUAUUUUGUGUAAAAACUAAAUAUUGUCUCUCCUGGGCCGAAAACAACUCGACUCACGUAAACAUUAACUGUACCAUCGAAUGGACUGGAAAGAGUUGGUUGAAAGGACCUAUCGAGAAAGGGGCUAAAGAUGGCCAAACCCAGUAUUGCAAAGAUCUCUUCGCCGCCCUAAAAGGAGCUGUUUCUACCGCGCCUCGUCCUGUAGCUGUUAAUGGCGGAGCGGUGAAAGGCAAGAAAAAGCGAGUCAAGGGAAAGUUGCACCAAGCCUCUAAGGAAAGCUUGUCAGGCCCAUCAGACUUAGUGGUGACGAAAUCCCAAGACUGGGGCCUGUUUGAGCCGCUCCACGGUAUCCUCGGCCCUGUGUUAGAUAUUCUCGGACCGGUACUCACCGGCAAUGUUGUGUACGGACUUCUCGUCGGGCUACUAGUAGCGACAUGGUUUGGUUUCGGAUUCAAUGGUCAACCGAGGGGCGCGCCGUACGGGCGUGAGUUGGGCUUCAUAGGAUAUCCGGACCGCGUCGUCGCGUACGAUGAGAUCUGGAGGCGAGAGGAAAGUGAUUUAUGGGACUGGUUGGAAGAUAGGGUAGGCCUCCACCGCAUGAACGAAGGAGCAAUGCCCGUACGCAAACGGGUAAUGGAACCACGAACAGUUGAAGAAAAGUUGCGUGAGGAGCGCAUGAACGAGCGAGAAGUCGAAGAAGCUAUCAAAGUGACGGAGGAGAAGUUACAAGUACUAAAAUCGGUCAUGGACCGAAAGAAGACACCGCAGAAAUCCAGCGUUUAUGGUAGACCAACUACCAAAGUACCAACAACUGAGAGGUAG